AUGCGGGCUUGUGCGGGGCAGUUGCUUAUCCAGCCACAGGCCAUGAAGAACACUGACUUCCCAGAAGCGGCCCUGGAAGAGCCCGGCCAGGCUUGCAGCCAACUUCCACUUUCCUCCGAUGUUUUCACUUUCGGGGCAUGUUGUUUGAGUGGAGAUUCCUCCUUCUGCACAUGGGGCUUUCCAGAAGGUUCGCAGCUGCUUCCAUGCAGCCACGGGGCCUGUCCCCAGUCAAGGCCUCCCAGCCCCGGGCAGAGGAUGUCCUGGCUGCCGGCUGCCAGGGGCGCUGCCCGGGCUCUCCGGAGGAGGAUGGUGGUGUGGUCCCUGUGGCUUCCCCUUCUCUGGGCAGCACCACUUCCUGUCGCCACUACUGGUGCCCAAGUGCAGGGCCAGGUUGGGGGCUCGGUACUGCUGGCGGCAGAGUGCCACCCCGGCUUCCACGUCCGAGAGGCCAUCUGGCGGUCCCUCUGGCCCUCGGAGGAGCUCCUGGCCACGUCUUUCCGGGGCGUCCUGGAGACACGGUACCACUCCCGCUUCCUGGGCCGCACGCAGCUGCACCGCAACCUGAGCCUGCAGCUCGGGCCGCUGGAGCCCGGAGACAGCGGCAACUUCUCGGUGCUGCUCGUGGACACCGGAGGCCGGAUCUGGACCCAGAUCCUGCAGCUCAAGGUGUAUGCUGCAGUACCCAGGCCCAUGGUUCAAGUGUUCAUUGCUGUAUCUCAGCCCCCCAAGACCUGCCAAGCAUUCCUGUCCUGCUGGGUCCCCAACAUCAGUGACAUAACCUAUAGCUGGCGACUGGAGGGCUCCAUUGACUUUGGUAUCGAGCCAGAUGGCCUCUUCACGGAUGGUCAGGUGUUGAGGGUUUCGCUGGGACCAGAAGACAAGGGCAUGGCCUUUUCCUGCGUUGUCUCCAACCCCGUCAGCUGGAAUUCGACCAUAGUCACCCCCUGGGAGAGCUGCCAUCAUGAGACAGGGAAGGCCUCCUACAAGGAUGUGUUCCUGGUAGUGGUGCCCGUCUUGCUGCUUCUGAUCCUGGCUGGUCUCUCUGCCUGGUACCGGUGCCCCUGCUCAGGGAGAAAGAAGGAUGUCUGUGCUGAUGAAGACACUCUACAGACAGAGAACCCCCUUGUGUAGGGUCUGCCGUGAGGGAGGAGAUAAACUGAUGUGGGAUCAUGAGGAACCCCACUGCCCAGACACAUGAUGGCUCAGGACACAGCUGGUGCCUGGAAGCUACCAUGGUCCUUGUAGCUCCUGUGAGACUCCGUUCCACUCUCCAGGGGCACCUGGGCAGCUGACACAUUGGGAGGACAGAAAACAUUGGAACAACUUUCUCCCUUCCCUCUCCCCUUAUUGCGGGCCCUGGCUUUGGUCUGGGCAAAAUGGGCCUAAGAAGAUAUUCCCUAAAGGACACUGGACAUUCUCCAGGAUCCACAUGGCCAGUGACUGUCCAGGGAUUCACCUCGCACCACUGUAUUUGUUGAAGUUCUAACUCCAAUUUCUCAAAAUAUGACUAUUUAGAGAUAGGGCCUUUAAAGAUAUGGUUGAGGUUAAAUGAAGUCAGUGAAAUAGGGCCCUAAUUUAAUAUGCCUGGGGUCCUUAUAAGAAGAAGGAGCAACACCAGAAAUGCACACACAGAGAGAAAACAGCCAUGGGAUGACACGGAGAGAAUGAAGCCAAGGAGUGAGGCCUCCAUAGACACCAAACCAACUGAUACAGUGAUCUUGGACUUUCGGUCUCCAGAACUGUGAGAAGAUAAAUGUCUGCUGUGUAAGUCACCCAGUCAGUGGUACCUUGUUAUGCUAGCCCUGACAGACUACCCUGCAGCAAAGGAUUGCCUCCAGCCUGAGUCCCAGGCUUUAGGAGACAUUAGACCUCUGAACUAACUGUGACUAUGAAUCUCCCACAUCCAGCCCCAAUCCCAGCCCUAGCCCCAAACUCCUCUAGUUUGAGAUCCCCAUGCUUCCUGAUGACCAAGGCAUUGUCAUAAGAAAAGGUCUAGAAAUAGGUGAAGGUGGGAGGUGAAGGACAAAGGUUUCUCUUUCUGGCCUGAAAGGCUUUCAGGUCAUCUGAGUUCAUGACCCUCAAAGGAAAUGUACAGUUAUAGACCAUCAAAGGGCGGUUUCUAUCUCAUGGUUGGGAUGGGUACCAUUUUAGAGGAACACCUUUUUGAAGAUAACACCUUUUUAAUAGAUAACCACCAUCUCUGUUAACUAUCAUGUCUUCUAUAGGAUCUGGGAGUGGGACUUGAAAUUCUUGCCUUCAGUGACCAGAAAAAAACAAACAAACAAACAAACACAAAAACCACAUAUUAAAUUUGCCCCAGCCAAAGUUUUUGCACAACUUCAAGAAAAGCAGCUCACCUGGCCAGUUUGACUCAGUGGAUAGAGCAUCAGCCUGCAGACUUAAAGGUCCCGGGUUUGAUUCUGGUCGAGGGCACAUGCUUGGGUUGUGGGCUCAAUCCCCAGUGUAG